AUGGCCGCAAAUCAACUGAAAAAAGACGUCUUUUUGACCAAAGCCAAUCCAGCCGCGGCUGCUCCAGCUGCUGCCAACAACAAGAAGAACCAAAAGGCGACGUUGAAGGUGACCAAAGGUAACGACAACAUGUACGACGACUACGGAGGCGCAGAUGACUAUGAUGACUAUGAUGAUUAUUGA